AUAUACUCAAUACUCAUAUGGUGACAGUAGUGACGGAGUAACAGAUAGAAGAGAUAAAAUGUAAAAUGUUUUUGUUCUUCAGGAUAUAUUAAUAUUUACAUUUGAUGAAUAUUCUUAUUUCUUACAAUAAUGGGGAUAAUAUUUGGCAAAAAGAAACAAGUAUCUCGAGUAACAGAACAUGAUAAAGCAGUACUGCAAUUAAAACAACAAAGGGAUAAGUUAAAACAAUAUCAGAAAAGAAUAGAAUUAACUUUAAAUAGUGAUAAAGAAUUAGCCAAAAAAUUAUUAAAUAAAGGCCAAAAAGAGCGAGCAAAAUUAAUGCUGAAGAAGAAACGUUUCCAAGAACAACUACUAACUAAAACUGAUGUACAGUUAGACAACUUGGAAAAAUUAACUCAUGAUAUAGAAUUUGCUCAGGUAGAAUUACAGGUUGUUGAUGGAUUAAAGAAAGGUAAUGAGGCUCUUAAAAAGGUUAAUGAAGCUUUGAAUAUAGAGGAUAUUGAAAAUAUUCUUGAAGAUACCAGGGAGAGCAUUGAUAAGCAGAAUGAAAUUAACGCGCUUCUAAGUGGUAGAUUAACAGAAGAAGAUGAAGAAGCAGUGGAACAAGAAUUAGCAGAUAUUAUAAACGAACAGUUGCCUGAAGUACCGUCUGGAGAACCCGUGGUUGAUAAAGAGUUCACUGAACAAUCACCUGUUAAAGAUAAAACUAAGGAGAAGAAACCCAAAGAAAAGGAACCUGUGGCACUUGAAGCAUAAUCUUUAAAAAAAUAUGCAUACAAUGAGGAUUAAAAUGUAUUAUUAAUAUAAUUUAAAAUACAAGUACUGUUGCCUAAAA